CACAUCAAAACAAACUUCCUCCCUGGGAAAGCGUGGAGUAUGUCACAACACGCCAGACCGCUACAGCCCUGUUCUGGACCUUUAAUAUCUUUGACACACCUUCUGCCCUGGGACACAGUGCUCUCUCUCUGCUGUCUAUGGUUUCUCUCAUCGGCGGUUUUCUGAAUAUCUGUUUCCCAUGCAGCAUUAUCUGGUCGGCCCCGUGCUGUACUGAAUCUCUCACUCUCUCUGCCCGUAGCACGGACGCGGGGAGUAAGCAGGGAUAAGAAAGGACACGCGCCGGCGCAAUGCCACCCUCACACCCUGUCGAAAUGGAUGUCGACUCGAACUCCGCCCAGCAGCGCACUUCACGGAAACACUUGCGCACCAGUGACGAAGAGGAUGACGUGUCGGAUUCGAGUUCGGAUAUCUCCGGUCGCUUCGACGAUGCUGCCGAGGAGCCCGAGCUUGAGGAUUACAAGUCACCCUCAGCCAAGUCGGUGAAACGGCGGCGUUCCAACGAUUGGCCUCUACCCGAGGAGGCUGCGGAUUAUGGACACCACGAUCGCCGACAAGGUCGCCAUGGUCAUGCAACCGGAGGCCCUGCAUCGGGAUAUCGAGCCUCGCCACGGGCAUCGCCUCGCACCUCGCUCACAUCAUUGCGUGGUCGGCAUGGGGGUGCAUCCACUAAUAGCCCCCGUAUGAGGCUGGGCCGACGGUCGCGAUUCGUCGAGGCGACUAUGUCUGAUAGUAUAAGCGAGAAGCCGCCGAGUAUUUUCAUGCAUGAUGGUAAGCCCGUUGGACCGCGGCAACGCCAAUCUGGGAUCUUUCGAUUUGGCAAGGCAAUCGCCUCGGCGUUUAAUCCGUUCGGGGGCUGGGGUAAGAGCGCUGCAGAGAGUGCCAACCCUCAACCUCCUAAGGAUGCUCUCAGCCAGGCGGAGGAAGCUUAUGCUGAACUCAAGAAAGCGGGUUACAAGGGCACCAACAAGGGUUCUUAUCUGCAGAGUCAAGAGAAUGCCAAUAGUCGCUGUGCGGUUGACCCGACCCAUGCCGAUCAGACAUGGCAAGCAAUCCAAGCAAAGAUACAUUACGACACGGGUGUGGCUGGUGCUGAAUCCUCCGGGGACCGAGUCGAGAUCCCUACGCCUUCAAGAUCUGCAUCCAAAUCCUCGAAACGCUCGUCUUUCCAAGACUUGCGGUCCCUGGGACUUCCGUUUAUACGGCAUCAUGAUCAGCCGUCGACGACGUCGAUCUACCAAGAGCGGACAUCGGAGGAGUCGAUUGAGAACACUGGUCUACGCAAGCAAAAGUCUCGGAAAGAACUCUCACGCCAGACGAAACUGCUCAAGAAAGUGAGCAAUCUCGAAGACAAGCUGGAACGAGCCCGACGAGAGCUUCGUCAACUAUCCGGAAACGAGGAACGGCUACCUUCAACGACCCCAGACCGAAAGUCUAUGAGCAUCGAUAUGGACCCUGGCAGCUAUCCUCGCAAAUUCGUGCCCGGUGCUCUUCCCACGCUCCCCUCCGAACGCCUUCUAGACCAACACGGCGCUAUCACCGAAUCGCCCGAGGCUGUCACUUCCGAACUAACCGCUUUGCCCUCCGUGGAGGGUCGAGGAAGUAUGUCGCUCGAAGAAUCUCAACCCGCCUACAGCACUGCAGCCUCUCGGUCACCGAGCAGACGACCACGAGACAUGCGGUCAUCGUCCAUCAGUAAGGAAAGCUCUUCCCGCAAACGGAAGUCCCCCGUUCCUGAACAUCUCGAUAGUCGGACCCCGAAGCCCCUUGAGUCCCGUCUGGCGAACCGCAUUGACCUCGACGACCGCCCGCCCGAACACGAUGACGACCUAAUCGACUUUGGCCUGCUCAUCCCACCACGUCAAGCGAAAUGGCAGAAAUUCGAGGCCGGCGAUAGCCCUGGUUCCGUCGAGCGCAAGCGCAAUAUCGGACCCUCGGCGCGAGACGUACUAGGUUCGAUGCACCAACGGUCCCCAUCCGCCAACCCGCGAAGAUCCUCGCCAGCUAUCGCCCGCUCACCAAUGUCCAAGCCCGUACGAACCCCUCCUCUCCUGCGCAUGAGACGCGGUAAUUCCAACAUGCGCUCCGUAUCCCCUGCUACCGCGACUACCAUUCCUGAAUCACCAGGUGUGGCGGCUGACGAUGUGUUUUCGUCGUCGCCCGUGCCCACCCAAACCAUGCAUGCGUUCUAUCUACAACCAGACUCUCAAUUGGAUCCCGAUCGCAGCCCGCGCGCUUCUUCACCAACAAAGUCUGGUUCGGGUCGGAAGAGAAGGUGGCAGGAUAGUGAUAUUCCUCCGGUGCCGCCUCUGCCAAAGGAACUUUUAAUGAAUGCUACCAAAGUGAACGCGUCACCAUCGAAGAAAUCGGGCUCUGCAAAGGAGGGCGACGUGCCGCUCGAGGAGCAGUCAACUUCUGUGCUGAACCUACAACCCUCUGCCUUGGAAAAGUACCCGUGGCCUGAUGAUAUGUUUUGAGAUGGACUUGCAAAGAGGAGAGGAGAUUUGGAUGGAUUGGUAAAAAUUGAGCGUUGCUGGAGAAAAGUUACGUGAUGCUAUGAUGUUACGACUUCUUAUACCCUGGAGUUUGGUUCGGGCAAUCGGCUUUGCGUCUGGAGGCUUUUGUAGCAAUUCAUGAUCUGAAGUCUCUCAUGCACCAUUCACAAGUUAUUGUAGGCCUUUAGAAGUUUUUCUAGUUUCUAAAUACUAGUCCCGAUGAAGUUCAAGAUCCUUUGGGAGGAAU